AUGGCGGACGAAGUUGCGGUAUGCACUAAGAAUAUUUUUACAGGAAAUUUAGAGAGAUUCAUAAGGUUUUCUUGCACUAUAAUAACAUUGUCUGGGGCAGCGUACUUUCUUUAUAACUAUGCGAGGAGCUCACGGAAAUCUACCAAGAAACAACAGCGAAACAAAUCUUUAGAAGUUCUGUUUUUCCCCGACAAGAAACUUGCAUGCAAUUCUUUUCUCCAAGGAUUUGGUUGUAAACGAAGUAAAUGCCCGUAUGCGCACGAAGAAACUUCCCUUAGCAAGCUCAUCAAGACUAUUUCACGAGCAAAACAAACCUUAGAUGUUUGUGUUUUUACAAUCAACUGCCACGAACUAGCGAACGCUGUGGUAGAACUUCAUAACAAUGGGGUAACUGUACGAGUUCUUACUGACGACGAACAGAUGGGAUCUUCAGGCUCACAGAUACAGAAAUUCAGAGAAGUAGGAAUCUUAGUCAGGCACGAUUUGUCGUCGUUCUUCAUGCACCACAAAUUUGCGAUCAUCGAUGAUAUGAUUCUUUUGAAUGGGUCGUUUAACUGGACAAGACAAGCAGUGACUGGCAACAGGGAAAACGUCGUUAUAUCUAAUGAUAUGCACCUUGUCAAGAAGUUCAAGGAUGAAUUUGAGAAGCUUUGGGUGGAAUAUGACCCCUCUAAGAGAUCUUGAUACUUUUUUUUUUGAUUUUCUGGAUUUUAUUUUGUAUUCAUCAAGAAAAGACUACAUUGUAGGUCCAGGUCAUGUAACCUGUGGCAAUAUACAACGUUCUGAUUUUAUCGAAAAUCUAAUAUUCAAUUUUAUUAGUUAUUUUAUGAAACAAAACAAAACUUAAAAGACAACAAAAAGGUGAUCGUUGGUUUCCUGUAUUACAGCUUCACUCUUUUAAUUUGUAUAUAAAUUCCAUUGCUUUCCCGUAUAUGGGCGUAUCACUAUUUUUUUUUUUUCAAAACAUUUUCACCUUUGGGGUUCACUAUGAACAUGAAUCUAAGACUCUAUAUAAAUCUUUUGUGUAGAUGUAUUUUUGUAAUUUCCUUUCACAAGAAAACCCCUCUAGCCUGAUUAGCGCAUUUUACAGUACUGAGCUCAGCUCUUGUUGUUAACUGUGUACAAAUGAUUAUAAAUUUAACUUACAGUAAAACACAACCACUAAGUGCUACUGAA